AUGACACGGCCUGUAAGUGUUGACCAACUUUUGGCCGGUGAUGAAGAGAAGAAGCCAAAGUUUUUGGGGAAGAAGCGUAGACUGGUAGAAUCCACAGAACAUAUAGGGUCACAAACGUUCAAAAGAAGCACAACAAGCCGAGCUGGAAAGUAUGAGGAUAUUCAAGUGACCGAUGUGGGUUCGGAUUCGAAUGAUUUGAGAGCUUUGGCAGCGAAAUCAGCUAAAAUGCUAAGAGAGAAGAAUGAUAGAGAAGGAAAAGGAAGAGAUGCUGUUGGAAUUACAGACGAUUAUUUAGGGAAACACUGGUCUGAUAAAAAAUACGAUGAAAUGACUACUCGAGAUUGGAGAAUAUUUUGUGAAGAUUUUAGUAUUUCAACUAAAGGUGGGACUGCGGAGAAACCACUUCGAAACUGGCAUGAACUAAACCUAAUACCCCCAGAUUUAUUAGAUAUUAUAACAAAUAAACUUCAUUACAAAGAGCCAACGCCUAUCCAAAGGAGUACUAUACCAAAUGUAAGAAAUAAUAGAGAUUUUGUUGGUGUCGCUAGUACUGGUUCAGGUAAGACUUUAUCAUUCUUACUUCCUAUAUUCAUCAAAUUAUCAAACAGGCCACCACUUAAUUCAAUCACAAAACUAGAUGGUCCAGUAGCAUUGAUUUUGGCACCAACUAGAGAGUUAGCUCAACAGAUUCAAAGAGAAGGUUCUAUGAUCACAAAACUGUGGAAACGCCCGUGCAAUAUCGUUAGCAUAGUAGGUGGUCACUCUUUAGAAGAGAUAUCUGCAAGCUUGCGAGAUGGAUGUGAUAUUUUAGUUGCCACACCUGGUAGACUAAUCGACUGCUUAGAGUCACAUAUUGUGCUUUUAAAACAACUAGAGCUCUUAGUAUUAGAUGAAGCUGAUAAAAUGAUUGAUUUCGGUUUCGAAGAUCAGUUGACAACUAUUUUAGCUAGAACUGAAGCACUACCAAAUAGACAAACCAUGAUGUUUACAGCCACCUUUUCACCAGCAAUAGAGAAAGUUGCCAAUGGGUACUUGAAGAAAUCUAUUUAUGUAACCAUUGGCGGCGAAGAAUCCAAACCAAAUAUCAAACAAAUCAUUGAAUAUGUACCAGAUGAUGACGAUCAAAAAUUCAACAUGUUAACGAACGUGUUUUUACCAAAGUACAAGUCACCUAUAAUUAUAUUUAUUAAUUACAAAACAACAGCGGAUUGGUUAUUUGAGAAAUUCAAAGGUACUAAGUUCAGAGUUUCAACCUUACAUGGUUCAAAAUCUCAAGAACAACGUGAACAUUCUCUUAAACUCCUAAGGAAUGGUAAAGUCGACAUUUUAAUUGCGACCGAUGUUGCAGGAAGAGGUAUUGAUAUUCCAAAUGUCUCUCUAGUAGUCAAUUUUCAGUUUCCAAAGAAAUUUGACAGUUUCGUUCAUCGUGUUGGUAGAACUGGACGUGCUGGAAAGAGUGGCGCAGCUUUAACAUUUUUGGGCGACUCAGAGGAUGAAGGACUAAUGACCUCUUUGUUUGAUUAUGUUAAGAAGAAUGAUGUUAGUGGCGAAAAUUACAUCUCUAAAGCAGCAAGAACGAGGUAUAGUGUAGAAAGGAAUGCUUACAAACCAAUAAUAAUAUAA